UCUCAUCCGGAGUGUUGAGUUUCAUUACCGCUUAAAAGGAAGGUACAGACUUCUCUGACCAAACGCAAAGAAUCACCGACCCAUUCCUUCCUUCCUACACAACUCUGAUUCCAGAUUCGCCUCUUUGAUGAUUCGAUUUGAUUUGUUUCGAUCCAUCCAUCAUCGUUUCGUUUUUUUUCUUCUUAAAAUCAGUUUGGGUUUCUGAAUCUCCGAUGCGUUUAAAUCAUCUGCAAAAGUAUUGCUUAAUCCUUGAAUCUGACAGCAACAAUUGAGUCUGCGAUUGCUUCUUCGAUUUGAAGCUCUGCUUUUAAUCAGGAGAAAAGACAGACCACCUUCCAUUGUAGAAAUUGAGGAACUGACUUAGAGUGGAAAUGGUGGGGCCAAGUACUUUGUUUCACCGGAGGAAGCAUUCAUGGCCUCCUGAGGAAUUCAUCACCAAAACUACUUUGCAAUUACUUGAUUUCGAUAGUGCUGCUCCGCCACCGCACGCAUGGAGGAGGAGAUUGAACUGCCAUGCCAAUAUCUUGAAAGAGUUCACUAUCACCUUUCGAGAAGCCAUCAAAAUGGUAAGGUUGGGGAUACGUUUAUGGUCUUAUGUCAGAGAAGAAGCCUCCCAUGGAAGGAAAGCACCUAUCGAUCCUUUCACCAAAGAGAAUUGUAAACCAUCUGCAUCCCAAGGUGUUCCCCUCGGAGGAAUGGGAAGUGGAAGCAUAUCUAGGGGCUUCAGGGGCGAGUUUAAGCAAUGGCAAAUUACUCCUGGAACGUGUGAUCCAUCACCUAUGAUGUCUAAUCAGUUUUCUAUUUUUAUUUCUCGAGAGGGUGGGCACAAAAAAUAUGCAUCAGUUUUGGCUCCAGGCCAGCAUGGAAGUUUAGGAAAAACGCGUGAUAAAGGUAUUUCUUCAUGGGGUUGGAAUCUGAAUGGCCAGCACUCUACUUAUCAUGCGCUAUUUCCUCGGGCAUGGACUGUAUAUGAUGGUGAGCCUGACCCAGAGUUAAAGAUUUCAUGUCGACAAAUAUCUCCCUUUAUACCAAACAAUUACCGAGAUAGUAGUCUUCCAGCAGCUGUUUUCGUAUAUACUUUGGUGAACACUGGAAAGGAAAGGGCAAAAGUCAGUCUUCUUUUUACAUGGGCGAACUCAAUUGGUGGGACUUCGCAUAUGUUAGGGGGUCAUGUGAAUGAGCCAUUUGUAGGCGAGGAUGGGGUCUCUGGCGUCCUCUUACAUCACAAGACAGGCAAGGGAAACCCUCCUGUUACAUUUGCGAUCUCUGCUUGUGAGACUCAGAAUGUGAAUGUGACUGUUUUGCCAUGCUUUGGAUUGUCUGAAGACAGUUCUUUUACAGCAAAGGAUAUGUGGGAUAAAAUGGAAAAGGAUGGGAAAUUUGAUCAAGAAAACUUCAAUAGUGGGCCGAGCGUGCCUUCAACAGCUGGAGAUACUAUUUGUGCAGCAGUCUCAGCUACUGCAUGGGUAGAGGCUCAUGGCAAGUGCACUGUGUCUUUUGCUCUUUCAUGGUCAUCCCCAAAAGUGAAAUUUUCAAAAGGAAGCACAUAUGACAGGAGAUAUACUAAAUUUUAUGGAACUUCGCCAAGAGCAGCUGUGGACCUUGUGCAUGAUGCACUAACACAUUAUAAGAGGUGGGAGGAAGAUAUUGAGGCAUGGCAAAAUCCCAUCCUCAGAGAUGAGAGGCUCCCUGAAUGGUACAAGUUCACUCUGUUCAAUGAGCUUUACUUUUUGGUAGCCGGUGGUACAGUCUGGAUAGACUCUGCUUCAGUCCGUGCCAAUGGGAAUAGUCAGCUUCAACAAUCAGAUUUAGGAAAUUCAGAUGGUGGAGUUGACAGUAAAGACCAACAGAAUAACCGUGAUGAUUGCGACAGUAAUGGAAUAGAAAGCAAUGGGGAAGCAUCAGUUACUGACAAAAGCAAUGGUUUAUUUGUAGACACUUCGCACGUAGAUGAUGAUGUUGGUAGGUUUCUGUACUUGGAAGGUGUGGAGUAUGUGAUGUGGAACACGUACGAUGUGCACUUUUACGCAUCCUAUGCGCUCCUUAUGCUAUUCCCAAAGAUCGAACUGAACAUCCAGCGUGAUUUCGCUAAAGCCGUGUUGUCUGAGGAUGGGAGGAAGGUUAAGUUCCUUGCAGAGGGGAACUUGGGGAUCCGCAAGGUCAGAGGUGCUGUUCCUCACGAUCUAGGGAUGCAUGAUCCGUGGAACGAAAUGAAUGCCUACAACAUACACGACACAAGCAAGUGGAAAGAUCUUAACCCAAAGUUUGUGCUUCAGGUGUAUAGAGAUUUCGCAGCUACAGGGGAUUACCAAUUUGGUAUAGACGUUUGGCCAGCGGUUCGUGCUGCUAUGGAGUACAUGGAACAGUUUGAUAGAGACAACGACGAUCUGAUAGAGAACGACGGUUUCCCUGAUCAGACGUACGAUACGUGGACUGUUCAUGGCGUGAGCGCCUACUGUGGUUGCCUGUGGCUUGCUGCUCUUCAGGCAGCAGCAGCAAUGGCUCUCCAGAUCGGUGAUAAGUUCUUUGCGGAAUUGUGUAAGAACAAGUUCUUGAAUGCGAAGGCAGCAUUGGAAGCGAAACUCUGGAACGGAACGUACUUCAACUAUGACAGCGGGGCGAGCAGCAACAGCAAGUCGAUACAGACGGAUCAGCUUGCGGGUCAGUGGUAUACUGCAUCCUCAGGCCUGCCUCCUAUUUUCGAGGAUUCUAAAAUCAAAAGCACUUUGCAAAAGAUCUUUGAUUUCAAUGUGAUGAAGACGAAAGGAGGGAGAAUGGGUGCUGUAAAUGGGAUGCAUCCUGAUGGGAAAGUGGAUGAGACAUGCAUGCAGUCACGUGAGAUAUGGACAGGUGUCACGUAUGCAGCAGCAGCUACUAUGAUCCUCUCUGGCAUGGAAGAACAAGGGUUCACUACUGCUGAGGGAAUCUUCACAGCUGGCUGGUCAGAAGAAGGUUUCGGAUACUGGUUCCAGACACCGGAAGGGUGGACAAUGGAUGGGCAUUACAGGUCAUUGAUAUACAUGAGGCCUCUCGCAAUAUGGGGAAUGCAGUGGGCGUUGUCGCUGCCAAAGGCAAUCCUUGAUGCUCCUAAGAUCAACAUGAUGGACAGAGUUCACAUGUCCCCUAGAAGCCGCAGAUUCUCUCACAACUCCAGAGUUGUAACACACAAAGCUAAGUGUUUUGGAGAUUCUUCUUUAAGCUGUUCCUGCUGAAUACUCGGACAUAGAAUGUUCUGGAUUGUAACUGUAAUGUAAUUAACAGGUGGGAAAUAUUUCCAUGAAAAAUAAUGGAAACGUUUCUAGAAUGUUGCGGUACAAAUUGCUCAUAGAGAGAGAGUUAAUGUUUUGCAGGAAGAUGAUAAGUUUGUUUGCUUUUUUUCAUGGUUAAUAACCUCAGAAGAACAUUUUGUAUUCAAGUUUCCUUAGCAGAAUCUUUAAAGACUUU